AUGGCGCAGUGUGACUUCAAUUGCUUGCUUUAUCGACAUUUUACUAUCUUUGAUGAUGCUAAUUCAAUCAGGACUUUGCAGGAUGCAAAGUCCCAAUUGAAGCGAAAGAAUCGUCGCAAGGGAGUAAAUGAGUUCCUGUCUACUCUUGAGCCUUUCCGCAAAGGGUUCACAACAAGAGAUGGCAUAACAGGUAGCCAGCUCCUACAAUUAGACAAGAAAGCGCAUCAAGACGGAUUGAUAGAAAUGGCGCAUGCUUAUCUCUGUCUUUCCGGACAUGGAUAUCUUCACUGGCCGGAAGGUAGUAAUGACGGCACGUUGGAGUAUCAAAGACACGAGAAUAAGAUUUAUUACAAUGUCAUAUGUUACUUUAUUAGGAAGAACAAAAUUGAUUCAAGGUCGAGACUGCGUUCUAAACGACCACGAGAUGAAGAUACGGCCUUUGUGGCUAGGCCUCCACAGCGACGACGUCUACGAACUCCUGAAAGCGAGAGUCCUACUUCAUCUCCUAUAACACCUUUAUACGAUUCGAGCCCCGACGAGAGGGAGAGUCCGCUUCCCUCCUCUCAAGACAGCCAUUCAACUGUUCCUUCUGCACAGGGAGAGGCAAGACAAGAAGUAUACCAGACACUUCCCAGGGCAAACGAAAGCCCAGAUGAACUGGCUCAAGAUUAUGAUGAGGAGCAGCCAACAGUACCCAACUUACAACAGCGACAUGUUAACAGACUAGGAGACGAACACGGUAACAUCAGCAGGAUCAGUCUCGGUCAACAGCCGGUUCCUCAUGCACCACGCACUAAUCUUCAUGCGCGUUAUAUCUCUAGAGGAACACAGACAACACCCAGUGUUAACCAACAAAGGCAAUGGAGGGCCAUUGAUGCGCCUCUUCCAUCAUCAUUCAAUACUGACAUCAUUUCCCAGCAGAGGCAUGAUCCUGCUAGUGACAGAGCAAAUGGAGCUGAAGAACCAGCGAGUCAAAGCUCAGUUGAGGAUAUACCAAGACCUUUCGAUAUCCCAUUGGGACGUCCAAGAAUAGCUAUUCCCAAGCCAGACUUCAAGAUUGACCUAGUAGUCAGCUACGAUGUUAUUCCCGGCCACAAUGCGCUAUUUGAGCCCAACGGUGAUAUCUUCUCAUACUCGUUGGCCAAGUUCCUCAGCCAAGUCAAUUGGCAGCAUGAACCUGAAGUGCUCCUCAUCUGUCUGCAAGCCCCAGGUACAUCCCCAGCGACACCCGUUCGGACCUGGAAGGAUAGGGUCUUCAAAAAUGAUGAAGAUAAAUUCCAGAGUGUACUGCGCAGAUUCCGACAGAUCUUUCUGGAUGAGCAUUUUAACUUUACUCGUGUAAAGAUGGAUGCUGUGAUUGAGAUUGCUUUCGAGAAUAUGGUUGAAGGACAUACACAUUGUGCUCUCAUUGACGCUUGUUGCAAUCGAGGCAGAGCUGUUGGAAAGGUAUAG